UCCUCUCACACAGAUACCUUUCAUAAUAAGCUCUACUUUUGCCUUAAGGACUUUACUUAAACUUAUAUUUUUUUGUGUAGGUGGUAAAAAAAAAAUAAUGCCUCACAAAAGCUGUAUUUUGUUUUACCCUAUUGAUUAUAUAAAUCUGGGUCUCAGCAGGAAACAGAUGGAACACUCAAAUUAGAAUAAUUUGAAGAAUGUAAUAAAGGGACCAUUUGCAAAGGUGUGGGCAGGGUGUAAGGAAACCAGAGGGGCAGUGCGGCACUCUGGGACUAGAACACAGCUGUGUUUACCUCCCGUCAUCCUGGAGGGGUCGGGGGGAGGAGGGAGCCACCGGCAGAGUUGGCCUCGAGCACACAGCCGGCUGCUGCUGAUCCUACGGGGAAACAGCUAGAGUAUUAAUACCCUGCCAUCCCUCUCCUUUAACCCUCCUGCAUCCCGUUGGUGCCUCCCAUGGACAAACUCCCCCAGAAGCCACAGGGCAGGGAAGCUCAGGGAUGUGAUCUUUUCCAGCCAGCACAUGUGGCAGGAUGAAGAGCCGGUCUGCAGUGGUAGGGGGAGAGCCCCAGCCCAGCUGCACCCUUUUUACCCCUCGGUAAAUGCGCUUAUCUUUUGUCUACGUGAAAAGUUCUUGUUCCCUUCACACAGGAUGGAGGAAGUGCCAUCAGCUAGGGCUCACUGUUGAGUAAGGUCACUUCAGUGAUACUGCCUUCUCAACCUAGUAGCAAGGGAUAAAAGAACAAUCAAAGCAUAGCGGCUGCAGUUCUGGACUCUGAGGCACAGGCUGUUUUCUCCAUCCCCAUUCUGUGCUCCCCUUACUGUCUACAGCUUCUCAGCAAGGGGGCUGGAACCAGUGAAACAAACCUUUUAUUCCUUCUGAGUCUCAGUCCUGGCAGCCCAUUCUCCACUAGGUUGUUUCAGCGUUGCCAGGUUCCAAGCCCAGUCGUCCGUGCUGUCUUAGCAGCUCAGUUCCGCCCUGGGAAAUGGAAUUAAUCAGGGAGUCCUCCUCUGCCUAUUGGUUCAGUCAUCUGACCAACCCAGGCUAGCCAGGGGUGAACUCAGUUUCCAAAUCUGUGGGACUCUCGCUGUGUUUCCUGACGGAAGCAUUUCUCCCUUAGGCACUGGGAUGUCCGUGGUCAGGUGGUCAAGGUCAUGGGGGUGAGAAGCGAAGGUUCUGCAAGUGGGUCAGUAGGGAUCCAGGUUACAGUGAAGAUCGGAACACUCUCCUCUUGUUUUGGGACCUAGGCGUUCUGGUUGAGGAGGAGGUAAACUAUAAACAAUGCUGUUGACUGUUGACGUGGGAAACUUGGUGAGACCAGAGACUCCCUGGACGAGCGUGCAGUGCUCUGCUUCCCUUGCCUGGACAGAGGCAACGUGAGAUGGGAUCCCACAGCACGUGGGCACGUCCACACACAGCGGUGCUGGCAGAAGUGCUCCAGUGCUCCAGACAAGACUGUUUCAGAGAGAUCUGAUGCUGACGGUAAAGGUUUAAGUUUAUCUAUUCAUGGGGCUGAAAAGCGUUUGCAAAUCCACCAACGGCGAAGUGUGGCAAGCCGCCCAGGGUCACGUCGCCUGCCCGUGGUCAGGCAUUCCUCACUUCCACCAGGCAGAAGAAGGAGGUGUGGAUUUGCAAAGCUACCAGCUGGAUAUGCAAAUACUACCUGACGGGCCAAGGAGUGAUGUGGACUUUACAGAGAUUCUUAAUGCAAUACAAGAAAUGGCCAAGGAUGUCAAUAUUCUUUUUGAUGAAUUAGAAGCUGUCAGCAGUCCUUGCAAAGAUGAUGACUCUCUCCUUCACCCUGGAAACCUUACCAGUACUUCAGAUGAUGCUAGCAGGUUGGAAGCCGGGGGAGAGACAGUACCAGAAAAAAACAAAUUAAAUGGCCUUUACUUCAGAGACGGAAAAUGUCGAAUUGACUACAUUCUUGUGUACAGAAAAUCCAACCCCCAGAUGGAAAAGAGAGAAGUAUUUGAAAGAAAUAUUAGAGCAGAAGGAUUACAAAUGGAGAAAGAGUCCUCUCUAAUAAAUAGUGACAUUAUCUUUGUGAAGUUGCAUGCCCCAUGGGAAGUGCUUGGAAGAUAUGCAGAACAAAUGAAUGUAAGAAUGCCUUUCAGGAGAAAAAUCUAUUACCUGCCCCGCCGGUACAAGUUCAUGAGCAGGAUCGAUAAACAAAUAAGCAGGUUUCGGAGAUGGUUACCUAAGAAGCCAAUGAGGCUGGACAAGGAGACACUGCCAGACCUGGAGGAGAAUGACUGCUACACUGCCCCUUUCAGCCAGCAAAGGAUCCAUCACUUCAUCAUACACAACAAAGACACUUUCUUCAACAAUGCCACAAGAAGUAGAAUUGUACAUCAUAUUUUACAAAGAAUAAAGUAUGAAGAAGGAAAAAACAAAAUUGGUCUGAAUCGUUUGCUUACUAACGGCUCCUAUGAAGCUGCAUUUCCUCUGCACGAGGGAAGUUACAGAAGUAAAAACUCCAUUAGAACCCACGGAGCGGUAAACCACCGACAUCUGCUCUAUGAGUGCUGGGCGUCCUGGGGUGUGUGGUAUAAAUACCAGCCUUUGGAUCUUGUAAGGCGGUACUUCGGAGAGAAGAUUGGGUUGUAUUUCGCCUGGCUGGGCUGGUACACCGGCGUGCUCUUCCCGGCGGCCUUCAUUGGGCUGUUUGUCUUUUUGUAUGGCGUCAUCACCCUGGACCACUGCCAAGUCAGUAAAGAAGUCUGCCAAGCUACAGAUAUCAUCAUGUGUCCUGUGUGUGAUAAAUACUGUCCAUUCAUGAGGCUGUCAGACAGCUGCGUUUAUGCCAAGGUAACCCACCUUUUUGACAAUGGAGCCACUGUCUUCUUUGCUGUCUUCAUGGCAGUCUGGGCAACAGUUUUCCUGGAGUUUUGGAAAAGACGGAGAGCAGUAAUUGCUUAUGACUGGGAUUUGAUAGACUGGGAAGAAGAGGAGGAAGAAAUACGGCCCCAGUUUGAAGCCAAGUAUUCCAAGAAAGAGCGGAUGAAUCCCAUUUCUGGCAAGCCAGAACCAUAUCAAGCAUUUGCAGAUAAAUGCAGCCGACUUAUUGUUUCUGCAUCUGGAAUAUUUUUUAUGAUCUGCGUGGUGAUCGCCGCAGUGUUCGGGAUUGUCAUUUACAGGGUGGUGACCGUCAGCACUUUUGCAGCCUUUAAGUGGGCAUUAAUCAGGAAUAAUUCUCAGGUUGCAACCACAGGAACUGCUGUGUGCAUCAAUUUCUGCAUCAUUAUGCUGCUGAAUGUGCUCUAUGAAAAGGUUGCUCUUCUUCUGACAAAUUUAGAACAGCCUCGCACAGAGUCCGAGUGGGAGAACAGCUUCACCCUGAAAAUGUUUCUUUUUCAGUUUGUCAAUCUGAACAGCUCCACGUUUUACAUCGCGUUCUUCCUCGGAAGAUUCACAGGACACCCAGGUGCCUACUUGAGGCUGAUAAACAGGUGGAGACUAGAAGAGUGCCACCCUAGUGGAUGCCUUAUUGAUCUCUGUAUGCAAAUGGGUAUUAUAAUGGUGCUAAAGCAGACCUGGAAUAAUUUCAUGGAACUUGGCUACCCGUUAAUUCAGAAUUGGUGGACUAGAAGAAAAGUACGACAAGAACAUGGGCCUGAAAGGAAAAUAAGUUUCCCACAAUGGGAAAAGGACUACAACCUUCAGCCGAUGAAUGCCUACGGACUCUUUGAUGAAUACUUAGAAAUGAUUCUUCAGUUUGGAUUUACAACUAUCUUCGUGGCAGCUUUUCCCCUAGCACCACUUCUGGCCUUACUGAAUAAUAUAAUUGAAAUUCGACUUGACGCUUAUAAAUUUGUCACGCAGUGGAGGCGACCUUUAGCUUCAAGGGCCAAAGAUAUAGGAAUUUGGUAUGGGAUUCUUGAAGGCAUUGGAAUUCUCUCCGUUAUUACAAAUGCAUUUGUGAUAGCGAUCACAUCUGACUUUAUCCCUCGCUUGGUGUAUGCUUAUAAGUAUGGACCUUGUGCGGGCCAAGGAGAAGCUGGGCAAAAGUGCAUGGUUGGCUACGUGAAUGCCAGCUUGUCUGUAUUCCGGAUUUCUGACUUUGAGAACAGGUCUGAACCUGAGUCUGAUGGCAGUGAGUUCUCGGGGACGCCUCUCAAGUACUGCAGAUACCGAGACUACCGUGACCCUCCUCAUUCACUGGUGCCCUACGGCUACACACUACAGUUCUGGCACGUCCUAGCAGCCCGACUGGCUUUUAUCAUUGUGUUUGAGCACCUCGUGUUUUGUAUAAAGCACCUCAUUUCAUAUCUGAUCCCAGACCUCCCAAAAGAUCUAAGGGAUCGAAUGAGAAGAGAGAAGUACUUGAUUCAGGAGAUGAUGUAUGAAGCAGAACUGGAGCGUCUCCAGAAGGAACGAAAGGAGAGGAAGAAAAAUGGAAAAGCACACCACAAUGAGUGGCCGUGAGCAGGUCGGUGAGAGAUAAUCGUUCAUUUCCAGGCCUAGGACCUGAAUACUUGUUUACUUCUCCCGGCUGUGCAAAAGCACAUUCAAGUGAAUGACUAUAAUGCAACCGCAGUGCAUGUCGCCGAGGUCGGCAGCAGCAGAGGGGUCAGCACCCUGAAAGGACUGCCUGGGAAACCACGCUGCUGUGAAGUCACAUUGCAGCCCAGCACACAAAUGCUAUCUAUCCACAGACCAUUCUUGACCAAGCAAGCAUGCACAUCAUGGGCAGUUACAUUCUCAAGUUUUUAAAACCAAGGGGAACUUGUAUACUGGGCCUGUUUUUCAGCCUGUUUGCUAUCUUUUUUGCAUUCUAACCCAUGUGAAUUUUACAGACACUGGGCUAAAAAGGGUAUUCGGACACCUGGACACAUUCCUAGAAUGUCAUCAUAUGGUCCUAAUUCCGUGUCAUCAAACAACACAAACAAGACCCUGUUUACAACUUUUUCUUUUUUUAAUUUCAGAUCUUUCUGAGGAGAUUAUUAUAUAUGACAUAUCUAUAGCUAUGUGUAUGGCCAUAGAUGUAUUUCUGUGUGUACAUAUGUAUAGUCAUAUAUUCUUACAUAUGUACAUACAAAUACAGAGAUAUAUAAAGUACAUAGAACUUCCUUAAUUGUAAAUAGCCAAAAGGUACUGACACGAAUGACAGAUUUUCACAUUUAAAUAGUCAUCAACGUGAAGCCAUGUUUAAUGCUUGUAUAAUGUGAUGCAAUAAAAUUUAAAAUAAAUUUAUGCACAUGGAAUAUU